CCGCCGGCAGCCGUGACCUUGCCAUCCCGCAGCCUUGGGGACAGCCCUGGGGACAGCCGCGCUGGAUCGGGGAGCCGCCGUGGGAUGUGAUAGCGGCGGAUCGCACGGAAAUAUUUCUCCUGGGAAGGAGAGAGGCAGCCUCCUCCCGCGGUCGGGGGCCGACAGGAAAAGCGGAUUUAAAGAGCAUCUUUGCCCCUUUGUUGGAUGAGAAGGACAGGGGAGGACCGGCAGGAUGAGCACUAGCACAGUUCCCUAUCAGCAAAACCCCUACACCCCUGGGAGCAGCUCCUCCGUGAUCCAGUGCUACCGCUGUGGGGACACCUGCAAAGGCGAGGUGGUGCGUGUCCAGAGCAAUCACUUCCACAUCCGCUGCUUCACCUGCCAAGUGUGCGGCUGCGACCUGGCACAGUCGGGCUUCUUCUUUAAGAACCAGGAGUACAUCUGCACCCACGACUACCAGCAGCUCUACGGGACCCGCUGCGACAGCUGUGGGGACUUCAUCACUGGAGAGGUCAUCUCUGCCCUGGGGAGGACCUACCACCCCAAGUGCUUUGUCUGCAGCACCUGCAGGAAGCCCUUCCCCAUCGGAGACAAGGUCACAUUCAGCGGGAAGGACUGUGUCUGCCAAAACUGCUCCCACUCUCUCAUCAGCACCAAACCCAUCAAGAUCCACGGGCCGAGCCACUGUGCCGGCUGUAAGGAGGAGAUCAAGCAAGGCCAGUCCCUCCUGGCCCUGGAGAAGCAGUGGCACGUCAGCUGCUUCAAGUGCCAAACGUGUGGGAUCAUCCUCACUGGCGAGUACAUCAGCAAGGAUGGCAUCCCGUACUGUGAGUCUGACUACCAUGCCCAGUUCGGCAUCAAGUGUGAGACCUGUGACCGGUACAUCAGUGGCCGGGUCCUGGAGGCAGGAGGGAAGCACUACCACCCCACCUGUGCCAGAUGUGUCCGCUGCCACCAGAUGUUCACAGAAGGAGAGGAGAUGUACCUCACAGGCUCUGAAGUGUGGCACCCGAUCUGCAAGCAGGCGGCCAGAGCAGAGAAGAAGCUGAAGCACAGAAGGACGUCGGAAACCUCCAUCUCCCCUCCUGGUUCCAGCAUUGGCUCCCCAAACCGUGUCAUCUGUGCUAAAGUGGAUAAUGAGAUCCUUAAUUACAAAGACCUGGCAGCUCUUCCCAAGAUUAAAGCCAUCUAUGAAGUGCAGCGUCCUGACCUCAUUUCCUACGAGCCCUAUCACAGAUACACGUCGGAUGAGACACUGGAGAGAUAUAGCUAUGGGGAGUCCCUGGGGACCCUCUCCCCAUACUCACAGGACAUCUAUGAGAGCUUUGACACGCGGCAGAGGCGAGCCUCCAGCCCUGGCUACAUCGACUCCCCCACCUACAGCCGCCAGGGCAUGUCCCCCACCAUCCCCAGGUCCCCCCACCAUUUCUACCGCUCAGGCACCGAGAGUGGGCGCAGCUCCCCCUACUAUAGCCAGUUAGAUGUGAGGUCCUCCACUCCAACCUCAUAUCAAGCACCCAAGCAUUUCCACAUCCCAGCUGCCGGCGAGAGUAACAUCUACCGGAAGCCCCCCAUCUACAAGCGCCAUGACAACCCCUCUGCAGCCACAAAAAGCAAAACCAGUGAAGACAUCGCACAGUCAUCCAAGUACAGCCCUGCCUACUCCCCGGAUCCGUACUACCACUCCGAGUCGGAGUACUGGCCCUUCCAAGGCUCACCCAAAGCACCCCGGGCCCGGAGGUUCUCGUCAGGUGGUGAGGAGGAUGGGUACGACCGGGGCAUGCACAAGAUCCAGAGUGGCAUUGGCAGGCUGAUCCUGAGGGAGGAGAUGAAGGCUCGAUCCAACUCCUACGCAGACCCCUGGACACCCCCUCGCAGCUCGGCCAGCAGCAGAGAAGCCCUGCACACGACUGGCUAUGAGGGCUCCCUCAAUGGCUCUCCCAGAACCCACUACCUGGCCGACAGCGAUCCCCUCAUUUCUAAGUCGGCCUCCCUUCCUGCCUACAGGAGGAAUGGGCUGCACAGGCCUCCCAGCGCUGAGCUUUUCCACUAUGACAGCACGAAUGCCGUCAACUGGGGGAUGCGAGAGUACAAGAUAUACCCCUAUGAGCUGCUCCUGGUGAAGACAAGGGGGAGGAACCAGCUGCCCAAAGAUGUGGACAGGACUCGGUUAGAGCGGCACCUUUCCCAGGAGGAAUUCUACCAGAUCUUCGGCAUGACCAUUGCUGAGUUCGACCGCCUGGCCCUGUGGAAGAGGAAUGAGCUGAAGAAGCAGGCCCGGCUGUUUUAAAUGCAGUGCACUAUAAAUAUAUACAUACCUAUAAAUAUAUACAUAGAGAGAUCUCUAUAUUGCAGCUCUACAUGAUUCUCGGUGCUGUACGGGGCAGAGGUGCCCUCUGCGCCCCUGAGAGUGAAUUGGAGUCUUGCAGAUCAUUUUAUGCUCUGUGUUUCCUUUACUUUUCCAACCUUGUUUCUGUAUCACUCUGUGGGUUCUCCCGGGAGCUAAAGCCACAUGGUUCCUGAAGCAC